GUUGGUGUUAAGACUCUUUCCCCGCCCAGAUAUGGGGUCACGUGACCCCUCAACUUUCACCCAGGAUGUCUGCCUCCCGACUUCCCCUUAGCAACCGAGUGGCGGCGCUUGGUUCCCCAGCAACCGGGUGACGCGUCUGCUACAUGGAACCAGCCCGGUAGCCGGCGUUUGAGAAGGAAAAUUCUCAAUCUGUUUCUGUGUGAGGAGGCUACUCCGUUGACAGUUGUGUGAAACGCUCUGCUGCUUCCCUCACCUCCUACCUCCAGUCUUCACUAGCAACACUAUUCUCAGGGAAGCCUUUGGGGAAGAUGAACCAGCCACACGACUCAAUGGAACCGAGAGUGAUGGAUGACGACAUGCUCAAGCUGGCUGUGGGGGAGCAGGGUCCCCAGGAGGAGGCCGGGCAUCUGGCCAAGCAGGAGGGCAUCCUCUUCAAGGAUGUCCUGUCCCUGCAGCUGGACUUCCAGAACAUCCUCCGCAUAGACAACCUCUGGCAGUUUGAGAACCUGAGGAAGCUACAGCUGGACAAUAACAUCAUUGAGAGGAUCGAGGGCCUGGAGAACCUCACACAGUUGGUCUGGCUGGAUCUGUCCUUCAACAACAUUGAGGCCAUCGAGGGGCUGGACACACUGGUGAACCUGGAAGACUUGAGCCUGUUCAGCAACCGGAUCUCCAAGAUUGACUCUUUGGAUGCCCUUGUCAAGCUGCAGGUGUUGUCGCUGGGCAACAACCAGAUCAGCAACAUAAUGAACAUCAUCUACCUGCGACGGUUCAAGUGCCUGCGCACACUCAGCCUUUCUGGGAACCCCAUCUCGGAGGCAGAGGAUUACAGGAUGUUCAUCUGUGCCUAUCUUCCUGACCUCGUGUACCUGGACUUUUGGCGCAUCAGUGACCACACGAAAGAGCGGGCGGAGGCCAAGCACCAGUACAGCAUCGAUGAGCUGAAGCACCGGGAGAACCUGAUGCAGGCGCGGCUGGAGGACGAGCAGGCCCAGCGGGAGGAGCUGGAGAGACACAAGGCUGCAUUUGUUGAGCACCUGAACGGCUCCUUCCUGUUUGACAGCAUGUACACAGAGGACGUGGAGGGCAAGAAGCUGUCCUACCUGCCCGGUGUCAGCGAGCUCCUCGAGGCCUACAAGGACAAAUUUGUCAUCAUCUGCCUGAGCAUUUUCGAGUAUGGCCUGAAACAGCAUGAGAAGCGGAAAAUAGAGCUUGACACCUUCAAUGAAUGUAUCCAUGAGGCCAUCCAGGAAAACCAGGAGCAAGGCAAACACAGGAUUGCUGAGUUCGAGGAGAAGUACUUACUGAGUUUAAGUGCCAUUCGAGAAGAGACUGAGAUGCCCAGCAUUGAGAAGAAGAUCAUGGAGUGUGGCGAAGACAUCACGGAGCUGUUCAAUGUGCUCAUGACACUGGAGAUGCAGCUGGUGGAGCAGCUGGAGGAGACUAUAAACUUGUUCGAAAGGAACAUCAUCGACUUGGUGGAACUCUUUAUCGAAAAUGUCCAAAGCCUGAUGGCUCAGUGCCGGGACCUGGAGAACCACCACCACGAGAAGCUCCUGGAGAUCUCCAUCAACACCCUCGAGAAGAACGUCAAGGGCGAGCUCGACGAAGACUUGCCUGACGACGUGCGCUCCCUUUUUGUCGACAAAGAUACAACUAUUAAUGCUGUCGGGGCAUCACAUGACAUCCAUCUCCUGAAGAUUGACAAUCGAGAAGACGAGCUGGUGACCAGGAUCAACUCUUGGUGUACACACGUGGUGGACAAGUGGGCUUUGGUCUUGCCCCCCAGAUUCACAGGGAUGAGACCACGAGGAAUCGCGAGCGAGUAAAGGAGAUCAGUCAGUACAUCGACCACAUGCAGAGUGAACUAGACAACCUGGAGUUCGGCGACAUCCUGGACUAGGUGCGUGUCGGUCCCAGGGUCCCUUUCAAAACACAGCACCAGGGCCAAGCAGGAGGAGGAAGUGUACACACUUCAUCAAUAGCCUCAGGAGACAGCUACUGGGAAUUUCUCAACCCAUGACUCCCCUAACACCCUUCUUCCCCAACCCCUGGGAAAAUUUACAAAUGUAGAGAAAAAUAAAGGACCCAUGUCACCUUUCCCCUAUUCUUAAAAAAAAAAAAAUCGAAAUUCAUGUUCAUGUAUGAACAGGAGAAAGAUCAAGAUGAACAGCAGGUCGUUGGCCCGUCUACAAUAGCAACUCCCAAGGGGGCUGGCAGUCAGCUAGACUCUUGGCAGUGGCAUAACGUCAGACGUGGCCAGCGCCAUUUCCUCUGGGGUGUGUGUCAGAGCAGGCAGCAGCUGUGGCGAAGGGAGGCUGGCUCUCCUGAAGAGGAGCAGGGAAGCAGGAGAGGCUGUGGCUCCCACCACAGUGCUGGGGGCUAGGCCCGCCCACCAAGGCAGAGGCAAUGGCUCCCUUCGCCUGCAAGCUUCGCCGAAGGGACCUGAGGACCCUCCAGAAGUGAAGAGUGCAGGUUGGGCAUCCCAGCUCCGUGUCACCACUGCAGCCUAGGCUUCGUCUGUGACAGUGCCUCCUCAGAGUGACAUCAAGGGUUUCAGGGCUAGUAUGUGGGAAGCGUGGAGGCAACUGGCAUGGGGUCAGUGCCCUGUGAACAGGGGUGAGGCCAUUUUGUUACUCAGGUACACAAGGACACAGGGCUCAGGAAGCCUUCACUCUCCCCACUGCCCUCUCACCGGGCCUGGCACCAGGAAGCAGCGCCUGCCUCCUAGGACCGUGGAGGUGGCCGUGUCAGGGGGACUCUCAGGACUCCCGUGUGGAAGCUGAAUGGACACAUGCACAUCAGGUGACCGCCAGGCCUGUUAGGGCAUUUAACCUAGAAACAACUUUCUAUUUUCAAGAGUAAAUCAUUUUUUCUAGAACAGUAGGAACAAAAUAGAAACAACCAGCUUAGACCAGGAAGGACUCACUUUCAAAAGAUUUUUUGAUUAAAAUCCAGCAAAAAAAAAAAACCAAACAAGUCUUCGGGUUGAAGGCUGAAGAACACAAAUAGAGUUGUCUGUGGAUGACACGGCUGCUUCCCCAGCGUGAGGUUCCCGAGCACGGGCAGCAGAUACCAAACGCGCCGCGGGAGAUAACGCUGCUUAACCUUGGUGCAGCCCAGACAAAACAAGAAGAAUGGAGAAGCACAGAGGCGCCCAUGGAAACAGGGCUCAACACGUUUCCAGGGUGGAGAAAUAUUUAAUAAAAUCAGGGUCAAGAGAAAGUCACUGGUACAACUCAUCUCCUUCCUUCACUGCUGCCUUGGAAUCAGGCUGACCUGGACGGCGCCCGGUGUCUCAGGGCUGUCUCUCGGUGAUGCUGAGCGGGGCCGAGCCCUGAAGGUCAGAGGAGCCCUGCAGGUGAGGGGGACCUCACAGGCCAGAGGAGCCCCCCGGGUCAGGAGAGCCUCCCAGAUGAGGGGAGCCCCGCAGGCCGGGGGAGCCGCAGCGGUACGCGUCCGUUGUGCAGGGCAGGCGCUGCCCAGGCCUCAGUCCUGCAGGAGCUUGUGCUUGACUGUGGUGCUCUCAGAGCAGAGAUGCACGAAGAGGGCGCCGGCGGCGGUUCGGGCCCGCAGCUCCUGCAGCUCGUAGUCAUGAGCCCACUCAAUGUUGCCCCACUUCUGGAUCUGAGGGGAGGACAAGACAAGAUGCUGGGCGAGUGGCUGGUGCCUGGCGGCCUGCUGGCCAGAGCCACAUCCACCCCAAUAGAUGGUCUGAGGGCCGUAGCCUCAGAUCUUGCCAAGACACGUGAGACAUGCAUGGUGGGGAGGCAGCAGGUAAGAGCACCCAGGUGGCCAGAGCAGGCACCUGUGCUCUCGGGGGAUGGAUGGUCUGGGAGAAGAGCAGUCCAGGCCCAUGGCCAGUGGCUGCCCACUGCUGGGCAGGCUGGCCCCGGAACCAUCCGUGGGACUGCUCUGUGGAGGCAUGACCGUGUGCCCUCACUUCUCCCACACUUCAUCCUACCAGGAAGCCAGCAUGAGGCAGCCUCUCGACUGUCAUCCUCGAUGAGCUGCCUCACCAUGAUGGGCUACAAGUGCCCUUGGUCCCCCUGGGGGUGGAAUGGAUGAAUCAAGCAAGGCCUCACAGUGGCUUCAGUUCUGCCUCCUGGGGAAGUCACAGUACAACAGAGGCCUCUGCUCUGCAUGCGGGGGCAGGCUGCAGAUUCUCUCCAGGGCCCUAAAAGCAAGAGGGAGGAGCCCCAGGAACACAGUGCAGCUGUCCAGACAUCAGUGCAACUCCAGCCCAACCCCGCCGGCUCCUCCCUGACUUGGCUGCUCCAGCCGGUCGAGGAGCUCAGCACCUGCCCCACCUCCCAAGCUAUCUGCAUUACUGGGCUGCCCAGUCUCAAUGGGGACAUCUGUAAUACGUCAUCUGAAGAGCAUUUUAUACUUUCAUUUUAUACCAUCACAUACACAAUCUAGGUUAUUACUCAUCUCGUGGAGGAUCAACACAGAAUGAUGGUCUGGCUUCAGUCCCACAGUCAAAAGCUGAGGCCAGACCCGAAGCUAGGUUUCCUGGGUCCCCACCAGCCCCACAAGUCACCCCCUUCCCAUGUAAUUGGUUCUGAUAUCCUAAAGUAGCCAGCCACUGCUGCUGAACAGGAACAGUUUUUCCCCUGGUAUUUUUCUGAGCAGAAGACUACAUGGACUUGGGAAAUGCUGACAUUACAAAUAGGUUUUUAUCAUACUAGGAGCCAACUCAUAACAGCAACUAACUUUCUGAGGUUGGAGGAACAAGAACAACAACAAUAAGACUACAAAGACUGCCAUAAUUUUCAGAGUUAAAAAAUGUAAAUGAGAGUGUAGCAAAACCCUAACUCUGAGCCACCUAAAUCAAAACUCUGUACAGACAGCAGCUACCCCUGUGCUCCUCUGCCAGCCAGAUAAAAUGUGAGGGUAUGAAGGCCUGGCAACUUGGGAGCACAAAUGGGGUCAGUCAUCUCAACAGGGCCUGUUCUACAGGGUGUAGCAAGCCCAAUUGGUCUUUAGCUGUCCAUGAACCUCCAUAUUCAGAGCAGGGGCUGAAGGUCUUGGCCCUAGAGUCACCAGACCUGCCUUCAAACCCAGGCUGGAACAUUUUCUGGAGAUGCAACCUUGUGCCUUGGUUUCCUCCUGUGUAAAAUGGGAAUAACCACAGCCCCCACCUGACCAGGCUAUCCAGAAGAGGAUGCGAGGCAGUGUGGGGAGUGCCAAGCACAGCAGUGGCAUUUACUAUUUUUUUUUAAUUAUUACUACUUGACAAUACUUUUAUUGGUCCUCACUUUUGUUUUCUGUAUGUACACGAAAGAAAUAAAAGCCAAGUGUAUACAAAAAUAUUUCAGGUGGGUUAGCCACCCCUCCCCAGGUUAGCCUGGAUCAGGAACAGGUAAGGCGGGACCUGAAGUGCCACUCCUUACCUGGUACUCCUCCUCCAGGCGUGACAGCAGCACAGCCUGCUCCACUGUCAGGUGCAGGUCAAUCAGGCCCAAGGUCAGCACCAUGGACUUGAGCUGGGUCACUAUAAACUCAAUCCCUGUGGGGACAUAAGCCAAGUCAGAACCCGAAACCGGGUGGCUGCUACAGUCUACCCUUGUGAGUCCCUGCAGCCCUAGCAGAGGACAGGAGUGACCAGUGCAAAGGGCUGGGAGAGGGAGAACGUCCCAGGGCCCCGCUGGCAUUUGGCCCACUCUUCUGAGAGAGAACUCUGGUUUUCCUUGGGGGUGAUCCUCCUUGCUCUUACCCAGUGGACAUGUGACCUGAACCUGCCAAUCACAGCACGCCCCCCUCCGCCCCACCGAGUGAUUGCUUGACACAUGGGCAUGUGACCGGAGCCAGGCUGAUGAGAUUUGAACUUGAAACUUCUGCUGGAGAGGCAAAACCCAACUUUCAGCUGGAAGAGUGUGGGCCUGGAGUGCUGACUGAAGCAUCAGAGCCAGCCAGCGUCCAGGCUCACAACUGCCCCACAGCUCGGAGUGCCUGGGGAAGGGCGUGUAUAGGUUUCAGAUGCUGAUGGGCAUCAUGUCCACCCCUGCACCCCAGGACACUUACAGACCUUGUAGGGCCCACAUGUUGUAAGAUGCCAGGUGGUUGACGAGCACCUCUCGCGUCUUGGCCGGGAUGCUGGGUCCCAUUAUGCUGGUGGAGGAGCCGAUCUCCAUACUGUAUCUGAAAGCAAAAGGUAUGUCCCUGUCGAGCUGUAGCCUAAGAGCAGCACAACUUUUAACCUGAAGCAAAGACCUAAACAUCUGAGCACGUGUGUGCCCCUAUGGCCAAGGAGCUAGUCCCAAGGACUCUAGCAGCAACUGCCACUGUGGCUAGUGGCCUCCUGACCUGAUUUGCCGUCCCCCAAGAGCAAACCCAGAGGACCAAGAAACCGCCUUGAAUGAAGGCAUGAUUGAUGGGUCAUAUGAGCAGGGGCUCAGUCACACGCAGCUGCCUGAAAUGCUAAUUCGUUUGCCUUGGAAUCUCUAGAACUCUAGGCUACAUGCUUUUUAAACCUCUCUAAAAAGUUUUUCACAUUUGAGGGCGUGAAAGAUUUCUUUUAAAGACUGUUUUCCUUAAAAGAAUGUUUGUAUAUGUCCUUUAUCAUGCAAUCAUUUUUUUCAAACAUUUAUCAAGCUUGUGUAAUAAACAAGGCAUUGUUUUUGGUCUGUGAUCUAUGGGACAUGAGCUUCUUCAAGAGAAGAUACAUUUUCAAGAAUAAUAACUAUA